AUGAAUGAUAUUUCCCAAAAGGCUGAGAUUAAAGAAAUGCUUGCUUCUGAUGAAGAGGGAGAGGUGCCUUCUAAAGUGGAUAAAGCUUAUGUUCCCAAGCUAAAAGGAACUGUUAAAGGUAGAUUUGCUGAAAUGGAGAGACAAAGACAAGAGGAAGAAAGAAAGAGAACAGAGGAGGAACGAAAACGCAGAAUUGAGCAGGAUAUGUUAGAAAAGAGGAAGAUACAACGUGAACUAGCAAAAAGGGCUGAGCAGAUUGAGGACAUAAACAAUACGGGAACUGAAUCAGCAUCAGAGGAAGGAGAUGAUUCACUACUUAUAACAGUGGUACCUGUUAAAUCACACAAAACAUCUGGAAAAAUAAAGAGUUUUGAGGAUCUAGAAAAGGAAAGAGAAGAAAAAGAAAGGGUCAAGUCUGAAGAAGAUAAAAGAAUAAGAUAUGAGGAACAACGACGGUCUCUCAAGGAAGCAAAGUGCCUCUCAUUGGUCAUGGAUGAUGAACUGGAUGAUGAGGCAAAAAAAGAAUCAACUACUCCUGGAAAAUUGAAACUAACUUUUGAAGAAUUAGAAAGACAAAGACAAGAAAAUCGAAGGAAGCAAGCUGAAGAAGAAGCAAGACAACGUUUAGAAGAAGAGAAACGUGCUUUUGAAGAAGCAAGGCAGCAAAUGGUAAAUGAAGAGGAGGAAAACAAAGACACAGAAAACAUUUUUAAAGGGUUCCGCCCUGGGAAACUCAAACUCAGUUUUGAAGAGCUGGAAAGACAAAGGAGAGAAGAUGAAAAAAGGAAAGCAGAAGAAGAAGCCAGAAGGAGAAUAGAGGAGGAAAAGAAGGCAUUUGCUGAAGCACGGAGAAGCAUGGUAAUAGAUGAUGACUCUCCAGAGAUGUAUAAGACAAUCUCUCAAGAAUCUCUUACUCCGGGAAAACUGGAAUUUAAUUUUGAAGAAUUAUUAAAACAAAAAAUGGAAGAAGAAAAACGACGAACAGAGGAAGAACGGAAGCAUAAGCUAGAAAUGGAAAAACAGGAAUUUGAACAACUGAGACAAGAAAUGGGAGAGCAAGAGGAAGAAAAUGAAACCUUUGGAUUGAGCAGGGAAUAUGAAGAAUUAAUCAAAUUGAAAAGGAGUGGUUCUAUCCAAGCUAAAAAUCUAAAAAGCAAGUUUGAAAAAAUUGGACAGUUGUCUGAAAAAGAAAUACAGAAAAAGAUAGAAGAAGAACGAGCAAGAAGGAGAGCCAUUGACCUUGAAAUUAAAGAGCGAGAAGCAGAACACUUCCAUGAGGAAGAAGAUGUUGAUGUCAAGCCUGCAAAAAAAAGUGAGGCUCCGUUUACUCAUAAAGUGAAUAUGAAAGCUAGAUUUGAACAAAUGGCUAAGGCAAGAGAAGAAGAAGAACAAAGAAGAAUUGAAGAACAGAAGUUACUACGCAUGCAGUUUGAACAAAAGGAAAUUGAUGCAGCACUACAAAAGAAAAGAGAAGAGGAGGAAGAAGAGGAAGGUAGCAUCAUGAAUGGCUCCAUUAUAGAAGACGAAGAGCAAACCAGGUCAGGAGCUCCAUGGUUCAAGAAGCCUCUGAAAAAUACUUCGGUUGUAGACAGUGAGCCUGUUAGAUUUACAGUUAAAGUAACAGGAGAGCCCAAACCAGAAAUUACAUGGUGGUUUGAAGGAGAAAUAUUGCAGGAUGGAGAAGACUAUCAAUAUAUUGAAAGGGGAGAAACGUACUGCCUUUAUUUACCAGAAACUUUCCCAGAAGAUGAAGGAGAGUAUAUGUGUAAAGCUGUCAACAAUAAAGGCUCUGCAGCUAGUACCUGUAUUCUUACAAUUGAAACUGAUGACUACUAG